AUGGAGGAUUAUAUUGGAACAAGAUUACUGUUCGAGACAUCUAAGGGAAUGAUAUCAGGGAUGCUCAAGGCUGUCGAUGAGAAUGUUGGAAAGUUGGUUAUAGAGGGCGAAGAUGGGACAAGGGAUGUACUUAUUGAGGACAUCCAGAGGUUGGAGAUUGUGGAAGAGCCUUCCUCUAACAUUUCUGUGGAGUCCAAGGCCAAAGAGGAUGAGAAGGCCGAAGUGCUCAAUCCGUCUAUUGGAACAAGUGAUAAAAGUACAGUAGAAGCUUCAAGGCUACAUUCUGUGAGCCAUGUGGGUUUGAGGACAGGCACCGGGCUGAUGGCUUCUAGUGAAAGGUAUAAGAGUAGCCAAACAGAUACAAGCAGAACGAUCUAUGAAAACGGUGACAAUACUCGAUCUUCCGGAAAGACAGGGAUUGAAGGAAAGGAUGAUAGGAAUGCGCUGGAAACCUCCGAAGAGAAUUACUAUGGGAUGAUGAAGCGGGCAUUCUGUUAUUUUGGACCUCUCGAGGAAGAGUUCUGUUCCAUUGCAGCACGCCAAGCAUACCGAAUAUUCUCUACAUACUUUGGAAAUUCAACUCUAAAAGUAGAGGUGCUUGUGAGUGGAGACGGUGUCUUUCCAAGCAUAGGGCUUAUUCUUGGAAGGCUGCUCUUGAACUCGGGAAAAAAGCUGUCUGUUAUAUGCAAUGAAAUUCCCUUAAGGAGUGUAAAGUAUAAGCAAUCAUACAUGAAUUCUGGGGGAAUCAUUGCCAAUAAACCCAGUUUAGAAUCAACCAUACAAAUUUAUAGUUGUGGCAAGGCAUUGAUCUCAACUUGGCCCAGAAGUAGUGCAAAGGGAUUCAUGUAUUUAGACACCCCUGGAUUCAUUGUCGAGGAAAGAGAGACGAAAAUAGGCCUAUGCUUCGGAUCAAUACCCACGUACUUCCGAAAGUUUAACGGAAUAGUGUAUUUUGUUGAUAUGGAGUACCCAUCGCUUCUUUAUGAAGAGUUUGGGCUUCAAAGGCCUACGAAAAGCAAGAUUCACAAAGUGAAGUAG